UAGUACAAUAUGGCUCGAUAGCCGUCGGUUAUAUCUUCUUUGCCACGUGUCACGUUGUAGCUGGGUUGGACAAAGGGACGAUUUGGUUUUGGUUCAUCAGGUGCGUGAACUUUCAUCAACUAAGUGUAUAUAAGUAGUUGUCUCUUCUCCUUCCCAUUAGUAAGUCUACCAAGGAAGUAACCAAAUUGAUAAUAAACUCUCUUUUAUCUCUUCAGCUGUUCUAUUGAGAAUGAUGGCCAUGAGACGUUUCACCGGGGCGGCGAUCAGGGCCUGUUCUUCCUCUUCGUCUUCUGGCUACUUUGCUCGCCACCUUCAUGCUUCUUCUGGUGAGAGCAAAAAGAUUGUUGGAGUUUUCUACAAAGCCAAUGAAUACGCUUCCAAGAACCCUAACUUCCUCGGCUGCGUCGAGAACUCCUUAGGAAUCCGCAACUGGCUCGAAUCACAAGGACAUCAGUACAUUGUCACUGACGACAAAGAAGGUCUAGACUGUGAACUUGAGAAGCACAUCCCGGAUCUUCAUGUCUUGAUAUCCACCCCAUUUCACCCGGCUUACGUGACUGCGGAAAGGAUCAAGAAAGCCAAGAACCUCCAGCUUCUCCUCACUGCUGGUAUUGGAUCCGACCACAUCGACCUACAAGCAGCUGCAGCUGCUGGCCUGACGGUGGCUGAAGUCACAGGAAGCAACGUGGUCUCUGUGGCAGAAGAUGAGCUGAUGAGAAUCCUGAUCCUCAUGCGCAACUUUGUACCAGGGUACAACCAGGUCGUCAAUGGAGAGUGGAACGUUGCGGGGAUUGCGUAUAGAGCGUAUGAUCUGGAAGGGAAGACGAUAGGAACCGUAGGAGCUGGAAGAAUCGGGAAGCUUUUGUUGCAAAGGUUAAAACCGUUCGGGUGCAACUUAUUGUACCAUGACAGGCUUCAGAUGGAGCCUGAGCUGGAGAAAGAGAUUGGUGCUAACUACGUUGAGAACUUGAAUGAAAUGCUUCCUAAGUGUGAUGUUGUGGUUCUCAACAUGCCUCUCACGGAGAAGACAAGAGGAAUGUUCAACAAAGAGAUGAUAGCGAAAAUGAAGAAAGGAGUUUUGAUAGUGAACAAUGCAAGAGGAGCCAUCAUGGACAGGCAAGCUGUGGUGGAAGCGAUGGAGAGUGGACAGAUCGGAGGGUAUAGCGGAGACGUUUGGGACCCACAGCCAGCACCUAAGGACCAUCCAUGGCGUUACAUGCCUAACCAAGCCAUGACCCCUCACAUCUCUGGCACCACCAUGGAUGCACAGAUACGUUAUGCGGCGGGGACUAAAGACAUGUUGGAGAAGUACUUCAAGGGAGAAGACUUCCCUGCUCAGAAUUACAUUGUCAAGGAUGGUGUGAUUGCUCCUCAGUACAUGUGAGCAGUUUUUUUCAAGUCUUGUAAGCUGUAUCCAAAGGACAAAAGCUUACAAUGAACCAAAUAAAUUCUCAAUAAGUUGUCCCUUUUUCCAUUUGAAAAAAAAUUGUAAUAAGACAUGUAAUGUAACGUACGUUAUGAUUUCAUGACAUAUGUUCUUAUAUAUGACAGUGCUUAUUAUAUUUGAUC